AUGAACACUUGUUGUAUAGACCCAUUUCAUAUGAUGAUCGUAGCCAAGUACUUUGUUUCCAUUACGGAUUUUCUUUUCCUCCAACAAGUUUCCAAAAAAUACAACAAUUUUCUUUCAAAAUUUCAUUUUAACCCAAUUCCUCUAACAACCCACACUCGGCCCUUUUUCCCGAAUUUGGAGACAUUGCACAUCUAUUCAAAUAAUGAUAACCAAUUCGACUAUGAAAAAUUCUAUCAAAAAGUUGUUUGGUUUUCUGUUAAAAAGAGUCAAACUGUUAAACCCCACAGUGUGUUAUACAAAAAUGUUUCAUAUGAUGAAAAGGACAUAUUUUUAUACAACACUUCCACCAACAACAAGUGCGUUGUUCUCACAGACAUUUACGCAAAAGAUUUUGAUUUCAACAAACUAACAUACUUUAGAAACGAAAAAGACUUUGAGCCACUUAGUCAAAUAACAACUUUAAUUCUUCCGCCACAUCUCACUUCAUUGAAGUAUGUCGACCAUUCUGUCGCUUUUAAAAGUUUAUUGUACGUCACUUUCCCACUCACAUUAAAAGUCAUUGGUCGUUCGUUUUUCGAAAGUUGUUCGUCUCUUUUAUCACUGGACUUGCCUGCCACUUUGACUUCCAUAGAGAAUUACGCCUUUUCAUAUUGCACGUCAUUGCAAGACAUCACUUUUAGAGCUGAUUAUUUCCAACUGGGUCAAACUG